GGGCUAGAAACGGCCAAAGCUUGGUGAGCGAGACCCCCACUAAUUCCGAAGUGCUCACACCUCAGUCUUGCGCCUUGAUCCUUCACAAUCGUCUUUUCACGCGUUGCCACCGCUGCUGCAGUCCCAUCCGACGCGUUUGCUCGCCCUCACUAGACGCUUCUAUCACUCGCCGUGAUUUGCAAAUCCGCCCGCCAGUAUUAAGGUACGACUAUCUCCGCACCACACAUUGCAGCUUCGUCCCGCGCGGCAAAUCGUGCCCUCCUCCUUCACCUCCCGCUCCACCUCCCACUCAACCCGCAACUGACCUCGCACUGAAAGAGCACCCAGUCUACACUUCUUGCUACGCAGCAUCACAGUCGCACAACCAACAGCCACCACCCCCACUACCAACAUGUCCGAGAACGGUUCCCCCAACAACAUGCAGCAGAAGCCCGAGGACGGCGGCCAGAGCGAACACCUGAACAUCAAGGUUACGGACAACAACAACGAGGUGUUUUUCAAGAUCAAGCGCACCACGGCCCUGGGAAAGCUCAUGAACGCCUUCUGCGACCGCCAGGGCAAGAACAUUUCCAGCGUCCGAUUUCUCUUCGACGGCCAGCGUGUCACUGCCCAGGACAACCCAGACACGCUUGACAUGCAGGAUGGCGACACCCUCGAGGUCCACCAGGAGCAGAUUGGCGGAUGCUGACCAGCGCCACCGAUUACAUGGCUUUGUCUGGACCUUUGCUGUGUCCUGAAUAACCGGCGGCUAGACAACUGACUGUGUAUAUCUCCCCCCAGCCAUCCAAUCAACCAACCUUGCGACUUGCCCGAGACAUACGAAGACAUGAUUGCUUUGAGCGAAGGCGUGGCGGAAAGAGCUGACCUUGUCCUUUUCUUCCUUUUUUUGCACUUUUUCCUUUAUUUUGCUGUCAGAUAUGGAUAUCACGGAUUUUCUGGCGUCAUGGUACUACCAAGCUCCGUCUUUGGGCGGUCCCCUCUUGGUGUUCUUCAUUCAGGUAGUAGCGGUGGCGGGCAGGUGUGUGAGUGUGUAUGUGGAUGCGCUUUAACGCGGGAGAUGAUUUGAAAUUCACUACAUUUACUGUUAUUCCAGCUGACCCCUAUAUGCAUUGGGAAACCCU